AUGGCAUCAAUCGACGAAACCAAGAAGGCAUCGAUCGACGCAAUGCUGGUGUCGAUCGAUGCAAUGCCAGAGCUGAUGCGGAGAAUGUUCAAAGGCGACGGGAUGACAAUGGAGACCUUGGUUAAAUUUGAGCAUAUCAUUACCCUUGGAGGAACCGUUCACAAGGUCGGAGACUCAAAGGGAUGGACGAUGAUAGAAGUUGAUUACGAGGCUUGGGCUUCAUCAAGAACUUUUCAAGUCGGAGACUCUUUGGUCUUCUCAUACAACAACAAUUUUCACGAUGUCACUGAAGUCACUCAUAAUGAUUUUCAGCUGUGUGAAUCGUCUAAACCACUUGUGACAUACAAUACUGGGUCCGACUCAAUCAUUCUAACCAAACCGGGAGUCCAACAGUUCAUAUGCGGAGUUCCUGGUCACUGCAAGUCGGGGCAGAAGCUUCAAAUCCAUGUCUUGCCAGCCUCGUUGGGUCACGUCGCUGCUCCGGUUCCUGGACCUGUCCGAUCACCAAGCUCUUCCUCGUCUCCUUCACCAGCCAACGCUCCACAGUAUCAGCAUCAGAUGGCUCCAUCACCUCUUCAAAGCGGUGCCUCAAAAGGAGAAGAUGGUGUGUCCGAAUCAAUCAUUACUCUUGCUUAUGAAGUAUGCUUUGAGACUAGAUACAAUGAUCUUCAUUGUAUGGGAGGUCUUACUGUGGUGUGA